CUCCGCUUCCCUCAGGUGGAGGGAGAGUAUGAAGUGAUGUGGGGUGAUGUGAAGUGAGUAUGUGGUGUAGUCGAGAAUUGGCAACCACUAACCUACGCCUUGUGAAGAUACGAGAUUUCACUUGUUCGAGCACUCAUCGCGAGAAGUCCAGAGAGAUCGGGGCGUUAACCCAAACACUCACUAAGAUAGCAUAGGAAAGGAAAAAGAGGACUAAAGCGAUCUUGGUUGCCGGGCCCUUUUUUUUAUUUUUACCGAGAAACAUCCCUAGCCCAGCUGCAAAUGCACCGAUACGCGCUUUCGCCUCUGGCCUGUGAUGCCUAGCUGGUUGGCCGGUCGUCGGUCUAUCAUCUUUCUAGGGGGGUAUAGCAGUUUGGGUCCAAAUCCAAAUACGCGUCCCUCUGCCGGAAACCCCAACGGAUGACUUAUCGUCAAUCCGGAACAGGGCACGCACCGUUUGAUAAAGCUUCUUCAUGUGGUUAGGUAAUUCAAGAUUUUCCGUAUCACAUCUCAGACGGGAUUCUCUUUUUAUAGCUCAUUCGUUUCCGGCAAGCGAGUCGAAAUAAGAAAAAUAAAAUAAAAACUCAAGCCUUUUUUCUUCUUUCAUUCUUUUCUACCUCUUCCUAUCUUGGGGCCAGGCCAUUUUCAACUUAUCAUCGUUGAUCCCUGAUAGCAUGCGGUGUUGUCAUCGCUUGUUAACGAUCCUUCCUUCCGCUCUCAUCCUCUCGGAUACCUGCUCGUGCACAGAUUAGCAGGUCUGGAUUGGAACAUAAACGACUACUCACAAUCUCGGACUAGAGGUCUGAUCGGGGUGAGGACUCUGGUUAUCUCCACCGCUGGACCAGCCCGGGAAUCUAGUCUACACCAAAAUCACAAGCUAUCACUCGUCGUAUUUUAAAGAUCUUUUUUUUUUCUUUUUUCUUUCCUCUUUCAAUCGUGUCCGCCGGUACCAUAAAAUAGUACAUGGGAAUGUGAGCUGCGAUACCCGUAGUGGCGAGCGAUAGCCACGGUGCCUUUAUCGAAAUUAGAUGCAGGCGGAGGAGGGAAGUAACAGGGCCCGCUAAGUCUUCUGUUUUCUGUUUUUAACAAAACAAAAAAUUUCUAAUUCCUGUAUAGUGAAAAUAACAAAGGUAAAAUGAAAUGAAUGGAAAUGCCCCAAGGAGCAAUACGACACAGGAAGCCUUCGGUGUGUCUUCCCCUCUUCUUCCCCCUCCCCCACCUGCCUCCCUUCUCGUGUACUCUCUUGCUUAAUCACCAGCAGGGGCACUGCCCAAAGAUCAAUCAAUAGGAUGCCCCCCACACUCACCGGAAAUACUACAGGAGAGGAGAGGGAGCAAGAAAGAAAAAAAGAAACCCAGACCCCUCCCUCACUACCAACUAUCUACCCUCAGUAAAUGUUCGGAGCCACCCGGGACUUUCAUACCUCCUAUAGCACACGCGUACACACGAGUGUAUGCACAUCAUAGGCAAGUACAGCUAAACUUGAAACCCGGAACCAACUCCCCUAUCUCCAUCACCUGCGUGCUCUUCCCCUCACUUGCCGGCUAGCUAAUGGUGCGAACCCGGGAAUCGAUGCGUGGGAAACUUACACAGAGGGCGGGGAGUGGCUUA